UGGAUGAAACUCUAGUCAAGGAGGAGAUGAUAGACCAAGGGGACACAGGGCAGGAAGACAUGAUGGACUCAGGGAUGGACUACGGCUCAGUGGGCAGCGACUCACGGCUGGAGGGCUCAGCGGGAGGCGGGGGGAAGAAGAUCACAUGUUACCUGGCAAGUAUGAACCCAAAGCCAAUCCCUCGCAGCAGGCCAUUCCUGAGGCUGUGGUGGAGGCACUGGCUGGACCCUCAGGGAUGCAAACGUGGUUAGGUGGAGGUGAGAUGCCUUCUGGGUUCUCUGGGCUAGAGGGCUACACAGGCAGUGAGGGGGGACAAGACCUCCACCCACCCUCCCAGGCCCCAGCGGCACACCAGCUGGUAUGGCGAGAGACAAUUUCUCAAGAGGGUGUGGGAAGACUGCCAAAGGAAGGAUGCCAAGGGACUUCCAGCCCCGCCACCACUAAACUCAGCAGUCCCUCUCCCCCAUCUCCCUCCCCCACAACCACCACUACACACCCUCACUCCACUACUGCUGCCUCCUCAUUUUCUGCGUGCUAUGCUUCAGUCUAUGGUUCCUUCCCCUCCAUCUCUUCCAUUUCUCCAUCUGUCUCCAUUUCUCCAUGUCCCUCUUCUCCUCCAUCUUUCCCCACUCUAGUAUCAGUGGGCCCAACAGUCUCCAGUCCCCCAUCCUGUUUUGCAUCCACUGCCUCCUCAUUCUCCCCUGAUAGCCCACAGGAAAUGCCCCCUCCACCACCUCCUUCAUCCCCUCCAUCUCGCUCCUUUGGCCCAUCCACCAGAGGUCACUUCCGCCCACGAAUUCAUUCUCAUCUCUCUCACAGUCUCCACAACUUCCAUUCCCACAUCACAAACGUCCGAUCCCUCUCCCAACCUUCUCAGUUCCCUCCUCCUCCUUCUUCUUCUCCUUUAUUCCCAGGCUCUCCAUCCCCCACCACCAACAUUUCUACCCCUACCACCACCACCAACACCUCUUCCUCCUCCUCCACUAUCUCCGGCCUUGAGACAACACUAGAAGAUAAGAAGCCAUUUUGCUGCGAGUACUGCCCUUACAAGACCACAAGAAAGACUGCUAUGAAGGAACACAUCAACAGCCACACAGGGAAGAAGCCCCAUGCCUGCCCCUUCUGUCCCUACCGCACGUGCUGGAACUCCUCCAUGGUGGUGCACAUGAGGACACACACUGGGGAGAAGCCAUACUCCUGCCCUCACUGCAGUUAUCAGGCCACCCAGCGCUCCUCCCUCAAGGCCCACCUCCUCACCCACCAACCCACCACAUUCAUGACUACUACCUCCACCUCUGCUCCUAUCACUUCCAUCUCUUCCUCUUCUGUUAAUGAAGGUGUUGCUGCUGCUGCUAUUGUUGCCACUACAAUUGCCACUGCUGAUGCUAGUGCUGCUGUUACUGGUGCUGCCUCUGCUCCUGAUCCCUCUGUUACUACUGCUUCUGCUUCCUCUUCCCCUACCUCCCUUAAUUCUCAGCCAUCCUUAACAUCAUCUCUUUCUGCUUCAACUUCCUCCCUUCUUAUCCCACAGCAAGAGUCUCUCUCCCCAAAUCCUGUUCCCAUUUCCCAGCAGUCUUCUCCUCCCUUCUCACCCCUAUCUUCUUCCCUCACCAGCCCUCAGCAUUCCUCUUCCACCUCCUCAGUUGCUUCUUUCCUCCCUUUCCAGCACACUCCAUCCUUCCUGAGCACAAGGCAUCCCUCCCCUGCUCCCUCACUUGCCAGCCAUCAUCACUCGCCUUCAUCUCUCCUCAGCCACCUCUCAUCAUCCUUUGCCAUGCCUCCAUCCCCUUCCCUGGCCAUCCUCCAGUCUUCCUCUCCUCUACAAAUACCACAGACCCCAAGCAUUGCUAUCUCACACACCCCUUCCCUUAACUCCCCACAAAGCCCCUCCCUAUCUUCUCACCAUCCCUCUCUUCCACGCUAAUGUCAUCAUUUCUCAAGCCACCUUGACUGCUGAUCAUACAACCUACCAAAAGAUGUGUGCCAGGAAAGUGAAAGCAUUUUGAUGACCUGAUGAAUUGUUUGUGCUUUCAUGGAGGGUUGUGGGUGGUGGUGUGAGGGAAGUCUCAUUGCUAUUGCUAUUAGUAGUUGUAUUCUGAGCAGGUUAAGUGUUCCUCUUUUUUAGAUCUAGUGGGGCAUAUUAUUAGGGGCAUCCUAAGAGGCUCCCUUCAUGCCUUCCUCCCUUCUGCCAUCCCUUAAUUCAUACAGUUUUGUUAAUGCUUGCAUGUUUGGUAGGUGUUUGAAUGCCCCAUAAUGGAUUAUUAUGAACUCAGUCAUUUUGUUUUCUUUUCUAUAAACU